AGACCAACAAACUCUUGACUUGCUUACAGAUAACAGUGCCCAGGCAGGUUUGAAGAAAGAAUAUGCUGAUAAAAACCGUCAAUUAAGACAAAUGAGAGGAGAAAACCUGCAGGAAUUAACUUUAGAGGAGCUAAUGCAUCUUGAAAGAACAAUUGAUAUUGGAUUGACUCGCGUAAUGGAAAGAAAGGGUCUACAAAUAAUGAAACAGUUAAGCAGUCUUCAACAAAAGGAAAUGCAACUCCUGGAGGACAAUAAGAGGCUGAGAGAAAAGAUGGGGUUGUGCAUGAUUGAUCAUGCCUCAGUGAGUGGUCUCCAUGAAGAUGGCCAAUAUUCCUCUGAAUCAAUUGACACUUCUGAUACAUUACUUAGGCUCGGCCUACCAUAAUUCAACAGGAAUUGAAGAGAAAAGGCAAGCAUGGCCAUGAAUCAAGAUUGGAGGAAGUACAUCCAUAUAUAUCCUUUAGAAAUAAUUACUUGUUUAGUUGUGGAAUUGCUCAAAUGUUAGUGUAUUUAUUUGCCAUAAAAAGUAUCGUAGCUUUCAUUUAGUUGAAGGCAAACCGGGCAUCACUGUUGCCAUGAAAUUUAACAUGGUCUGUCUGAGGUUCGAACUUGUGAUCUAUUUUUUUUGUUUAAUUAUUAUUUGAAAUGGGAUAAUUUCUACCUUGAAA